GUCGUAGUUGCCCCCCCCCGUGCUGCCGGCCGCGCCACCUCCCCCUGACUUCCCCUUGCUUUCUCCGCUUGGCCCUUGUUUUUUCUUGCUACCCCCAUCGCUCUUCGCCGUCCGCUUGCGCUUCGAUUGCGCCAGCGGCCCGUCGUCAUCUUCCAGCUGCGACUUCUUCGUGCUCGUGCGUUGCCGCUUUAACGUCGUCUCCGCACUCCUCGCCGCCCUCCUCCCUUUCACCGGCACAGGUGACGGCAGCGAAGUGUCGCCGUCGCCCUCUCCUCCAGACCGGGCGACGGAGAUGAUAGCGUCGAACGCAGCUUCAAAAUCGGCACCGAGCUCUAGAAAGUCGAAGUGGUUGUGGCGAGACACCGUAUUUUCGUCACCCCCAACUUCGAUUCUCGCUUCCCAACUACUCCCGCUGCGGUAUAACAGGUGCACCCAUUUAUGCCCCUCUUCGUCGUGCUUGAUUUUUUUGUCAAACAGAAAGAGGCCCCACAUGUUCUUCUUGUACAGCUGCACCAACUGCCCUCUCCCGGUAGGCUCCCAAACCGCAAUGUUGACCCCGUACAUUUCGGGGAUGAGUGAAAGCCAGCACACGUCCAGCCACUCCGUCCGUAGCUUUUCGUGCACUAUCGAAUCCAGCCAACCGUAGGUCAUCACGGCUUUGUCCGCGGGUUCAGGUGUGUUCAGCUCAUACGGAUGCACCCGGAAAGUUUCAGUGCACUGAACAGCGCGAGCCCGACGCGUCUGCUCAGUCGAAAGCAGAGUGGUCAUGACCGCUUGCGACGCUGAUGGUCCUAGGAUGUGGGAGAUGAUGCUGUGUUUG